AGGGUGGACGCGUUUGGGCGGCAUUUCCCAUUUUCCGCCCACGGCGUUACGUACGUACUGGUGGAUUUGCGAUGCUUCCACCCCAAGUUUUCGUUGUGCUGUGCUGUGUUUAAAUGACUCGGUGCGAUUGGACUUGUUUGUUGCAAUUGUUGGAGUUUUGAGAUGGUAGUGCUGAAACAUGAUUAGAAGUUUGAUUCGAAGAUACCAAGAGUUGGAAAGAUUGAAUAUGUGGGAGUGAACAGCCAGCAUGGGAUCAUUGGCUGCGGUGACUGCUCUCCUGGGACUCUUCUGUCUUGGUUCCGUAGAUGGAGGUCUAAGCGAUGACUACAUGAGUAGCGGAGAAGCACCGUACAUUAUCGAGCAACCGCUAGAUGUAACGGUUGCUCGACACCAACCCGCGACACUCAACUGUCGAGCUGGUGGUUCCCCAGCACCUACAAUAAGAUGGUACAAAAGUGGAGUGCUUGUGGUGUCUGACACCCAUAGGAGCCUCCUUCCAGCUGGAGGACUGUUCUUCUUAAGAGCAACCCAUGGACGGGCCCAUUCGGAUGCAGGAGUGUAUUGGUGUGAAGCUACUAAUCCGUAUGGAACAGCUAGGAGUCGUAACGCUACUUUGCACGUCGCUGUUAUUCGUGAAGAAUUUCGAUUGGAACCUGUCACAACCCAGACGGCCCAAGGGGAAACAGUGAUAUUAGAAUGUUCCCCACCCAGAGGUUCUCCCGAACCCACAGUUUAUUGGAAAAAGAACAGAGAAAUCUUACACUUUGAUGGUGAUUCCAGAAUGCAUUUAGUAGACGGCGGAAGUCUCGUAAUACAAGACGCGAGGCAAACUGACGCUGGCAGAUAUCAAUGUAUUGCAAGGAAUGCGGCUGGCACUAGAGAAUCUGCUGUCGCCACGCUUAGAAUACACAUUAAGCCAUACUUGAUCGCUGGCCCAGAGGAUGUAAUUGCACAAACUAGCGGGAGUGUUACCUUCCAAUGCAGAGUGGGUGGCGAUCCCCUUCCUGACGUGCUAUGGCGGAGGACAGCCGGCGGUGGUAACAUGCCACUCGGCCGUGUCAAAGUCCUUGACGACAGGAGCCUCAGGCUUGACAAUAUUGUUCUAAGUGACGAGGGAGAGUACACAUGCGAAGCUGACAAUGCAGUUGGUGCUGUGAGUGCGAGUGGAUACUUGACCGUUUACGAUCCACCAACGGUAACAUUGAAACCAACUUCAGUUAUUGUAGAAAGUGGCUUUCCAGCUACUUAUACUUGCACUUCAUCUGGUAAACCUGAGCCUACAAUGUUCUGGAGUUUAGAAGGCAAUAGAACUAUUAUGCUACCAGGCACUUCCAAAGGAAAAUUUCUUGCUUCGGCUUUAACGGAUGGCGUAACUGUUUUAACAAUCAACGGUACAAAUAAAAAUGAUAGCGGACACACAAUAGUUUGUUCAGCGGUUAACUUUGCUGGCAGUUCGUUUGUUAGAGGAAAACUAAGCGUGACGUCAGACGAUGACCGCCCACCGCCAAUCAUAACAAACGGUCCCUCUAACCAAACGUUACCUAUAAAAUCGAUGGCUGUUUUCCCCUGUACGGCUAACGGCACACCUGAACCAAUCAUUGCGUGGUAUUUCGAAGGGGAAGCAUUAAUACAAAAUCACAGAAGAAAUAUUUCUGCUGAUGGAACACUUAUUUUAAGAGAUUUGGAUAAAGAUGACAGCGGUACUUAUACUUGUGUCGCCUCAUCCAAGCAUGGAAAAUACGUUUGGAGCGGAGUAUUGAUAGUUGAUAGUCCAACCAAUCCAAAUAUUCAUUUCUUCAGAGCAGCUGAUACAUCUGCUUUACCUGGCCCGCCAACGAAACCGCAAAUUUAUAACAUCACAGAUACCAGUGUGACUAUAACGUGGAGCCAAAAUAAUAAAAUUGGUUCUUCUUCCAUUAUUGGAUACCAAGUGGAGAUGUUUUCAAAAGAAUCUCUGACAGGAAAUAAUACUCCUAGAAAUUCUCGAGGAUGGGUCGUUGUAUCUAAAAGAGUCCAUCAGACACACUACAUAGUGAAAUCUUUAAUUCCUGGGAUAACUUAUAUGUUUAUUGUAAGAGCAGAAAAUUCACAUGGUCUGUCUGGACCAAGUCCAGUUUCAGAGGCUGUGACCGUUGGUGAAGAUAACAAUUCAUUAUGGGAGGGACGAAUAUUUUCAAAUAAUACUGAGUACAGAAAAAAUAUAAUGACUGAUAAUAUUGUUGAACUUAUUGAGGCGACGCCCAUUGACUCUAAAACAAUAAAACUUAUGUGGGAAAUACUUAAUUUUUACUACCUCGAAGGACUUUUUAUUUACUUCAAACCCUUAGAUAACCAAACAAUCGAGUAUGAAAUGAAAACUAUUCUGCAUUCCAACGAUGUUUCCGGAUAUGAAAUAACAUCACUCAGGAAGUACACGAAAUACGAAUUCUUUCUUGUACCCUUUUAUAAGAAAUUUGAGGGAAAGCCUUCAAAUUCCAGAGCGGCGCAAACGCUAGAUGAUGUUCCUGAUGGACCACCCACGAAUAUUGAAAUGUAUAUUUAUAAUUCAACAACUGUGCAUCUUAAAUGGCAUCCUCCAGAACCUGAUUUACAGAAUGGUGCCAUUGUAGGGUACAAUGUAGUAUUAAAUUGGUUAGAUAUACCAGCUAACAAGUCUAUGGUAGCUAUAAAUACUACCGUUCAUCAAGCUACUAGCCUUAUUAUGACUAAUUUAACGUCUGGAGUCAGUUAUUCAGUUCAAAUUGCAGCAGAAACUAUAGUUGGCUUGGGACCCUUUAGUCAAAAAGUCUACUUGAAUAUUGAUUCGCGAUCUGUUGGAUUAGACCCAUUAUCAAGAUAUCCCAAUAAUGGAGAAGUCUCAAUUGUUGCUGGAGAUUUUGUAAUGGAAACAUGGUUUUACUUGUUGAUCGGCGCAAUUGUUCUAUUCAAAAUAAUAAUAAUUGGUGGCAUCAUUUAUAUCCGAAGACACAAUAUUUUUGCGAAAAAAUCAGCUCUUCCAAAUAUCUACGAUUCAAAUGGUACAAGUUUAGUGACUCAGAUGAACAUAAAAGCGGCUGUCUCUUUAUCACACCCACUCAGUAGUUGUUACAACAAAAAUACAGUUACGAAAACUGAGUCACUUUUAUGGAUGGAAAAUCAGCCUGGACUGUGUAUGUCUGGCAAUCAAACGAGUCAAUGCAAAGAAAAAACCAAUUCCGAAUACGACAAAGUGACCCAACAACUGCCCGAAUAUGCUGAAGUAACAACUUCCAGAGUAAAUGGAAAUGAAUGGAACACGAGCAAAACCGCAACAUCCCCCGCCGCCUAUGCUUCGGUUACACUAGUGGCCAACACCCGACAGUGCGUCAGUUCUUUGGGUUGGUUCCCUCCCGGAGGCAAGAAUGUAGACAAUUACGAGAGCCGCUACGCACCAGAUGAAGAACUCUACCCCGCAAGCAAUGGAGGAUAUUACAAUAGAAAUGUUUAUAGUGAAAAAUAUUUUCAAGGACAUCCUAAUGUCCUGAAAUUUUACGAUUUGCCUUCCUUAGAGAAGACGCAAAAAGCUCAAAUCAGAUACAAUCAGAGCUUAGAAGAAAGGAAACCUGACAAAAAGGUACAGACAGAUGCAACUCAAUCUCUCAUAGGGAGAAGUUAUGGGGGAAAUUCUAGAAAAAAUUCCGAAUCUGAAACUACGUAUAGAGCGUUUGGCGAAGACGAAUCGGAAGAUGAAAAUUAUGGUGAUGAUUGCGGUUACGAUGAAUUGCAAGCGAUGCAACCGCAAAGACCGAGACCUAAGCAUCAAUAUGAAAGGCCUAACUUUGACAACGACGCUACGCGAACACUAGCUCGCCUUACUUCUUUUAGACAUGGGCAAAAUCUUCUAAAUGGUACGCAAGGAUCACAUGCGCCUACGCACCCUCCUGCCGCGCCUCAUCCACGAAUCGACUCAGUGACGCGGUAGUAUCACGCCUUGCCGGCUUUCGGCGACUUGUGCCAAACGGACGUAUAGACCGAUGUAUCUUUAAUGUGCACUACAAAUAGUGACAUCGUUAUAAUCACUGUUCUUCCGCACCUUGCAAAGAUUAACAUUGUCUAAGAAGUAAAGACUUUCUAUAUACAAAACUAAUAUUGCGAUAAGCUUUUUGGCUAUGAUUUAAUUAACUUUAAAAGACUGUAAACUUAUCUUCGUUUCAAGCCUAAUAUUUUCUUUCUAGUAUUGUAGUAUUAUAUUAUUUUGUAACAUAGUUUUAUUACGUAUGAUAAUAAUUAUUUAUUACGUUCUAUCGAAAUUGUAGCUAGUCUUAUGUAAAGUUAACACUUGUAAAUUAUGUAAAUAACUACUAUUAGUCGAUUAUUGAAAAAUCUUAUGGUAAAAGUAAUUAAAACAAUUAUUAUGUAAAUGACAAGAAAUGUUUAUCGUAUUAUUGAUUGGAUUAAUAAAAUUAAUUUAGUCCGGCGAAUAUCAAUAAACGAAUUUGUGAGAUAUAUAUCACUAGAUUAAGUUUUCAAGUAGAAACUGAAGGAGUAAACGCUUGGCAAUAAUUCUGUAGUGUAAAUAUUUACUUAGAUAAAACUUCAAUUAGUAUCAUCCAUGUGGUAGUUGUUUGUGAAAGAGACUUAGGUAUUAUUACUGUAGCACACUGAUACACAGAACAGAAUGGCAAUAAUAAAGGUUUAAAAAUGUGUAAAAAAAAUUAACAAUGUAUGUAGUAGUAUGAUUUAGAACAGGAGACGAAAGCUGGAAUUAAUUACACCUACCCUAGUUUGAACACUCAAGAAAGUUUAUCGUUAGGUUUAAAAGAUAUUAUUUUAAAUUAUAACAAGAUUUGGCCGAUCAAUACAAAUAUUCUUAGCCAAAUCUUUUUGAAAUUAUUUCAUUAGCUUAGUCAUCAAUUAGAAAUAAUUAAACCCAACUAAUUUACUAACAUGUUUUUAGUUCCCAGUCUCAAGCACCCAUAAUUAGUUAAAAUAAACCAAUACGAAAAUGCUUUUAAAAUACCUAACAUUGUAGAAAGCGGUCUGUUUUGUUAGUGACCUUAGGGAUAUUCGACUAAUUUGUUUCAUGUGCCAUAUUAAUGUUUCCUAUUUGUAGCAAAGUAACAUUGGAGUUGUGAAAUUAAAUUCAGAUGAUACUUACGAAAAAAAAAGAAAAUUAAAACUACGUAAGGUAAUGUGAUAUGUAUAGCCACUUGUUAUAAAAUAUAGCACUACUUGUAUCAUUGCAUAUCAUCUAUAGGUACGUAAUAGUUGCAAAAUGUUAAUUUAAAAGAAAGCUGCUAUGAGUCUUAUAUUGAUUGUCUUCAUAGUCACCCUAUAGCCCAUGGCCACAUUUGACGUUAUCAAUAAACUAUUUUAAAAUAGUAAUUGAUGUAUAACUGUACCUAUUUAUAUUUAUUUAUUUAUUUGUUCACAAUCUCACACUUUUAUUAUUGUUAUAACGGUAGAAUUAUGAAUGUAUUUGAAAACUUUCAAUUGAAAAUUUCAUAUUGUUAAGUAAGAUAAGGCAUGUAAGGUACGCCAGAAAUCAGGACGUAGUCUUACGUAUGUCAUCCCCCACGCUCUUGAUUAGGCCUGUUAUCCACCUAAGUGGAGCGGAAAUGUUUUCAGUAGAUCAAUGAGGUUAUUGAUACAUUGACGUGAAUAUAUUUCACAUAUCUAUCAAUAAUUAUACGAUUGGUCUGCUAAACUUAUUUAGGUCAUCUCCACUUAAGCUGCGGUGGGCCUUAUUCUUUUUAUUUUUGACAAUUAUUUAACUUAGAAAAGUGUGGUAAAGUUGACAAAACUGUAUGAUUUAUGUAAGAUACAUAAGUCUUUAACUUUUCAAUUAUCAAUAAAUUCCAGAAAGUAUUGAUAGCAUAUUUAUAUAUUUCAAUAUAUUGUUCUUCUUUAGAAUUCAUAAAUGGUUUUCAUUGAUAAAAUUAAAAAAAAAAUCAUCUGAUGCUCUCAUCAAAUGUGGCCACGGGUUUUAACUAUUGUAAAUAUGUAAAUCAAGUUGAUCGUGUUUUAUACUUCGAUAUUUAAAAUCAGUGCGCUUUUGUUUCAAUUUAUCAUUUUGACUGUCGUAUGUAAAUGAUAAAAAAAUCGUUGUUAAAAACUGUAGGUACGCGAUUUUAACACAAGAUACUUACUUACUAUGAAAAUAAAGACUAAAAACUUCGCAAACUUGCCACAACCCACCUUAUGCCAUCCGACAAAAUACUACGAUUGCGUACGAGCACAGUUCA